CCAAAUGUUCACUAGUUCAGUUCACUUUCACUUCAUCCUCGCUUUUCUCGAUAAAGUCGAAUUUCUAAGUUGCACUCAAUUUUGAUGGCUUCGAACUUGAAUUCUCCCUUCGAUUUGGAAAGAUGGGCCAAGCAGUUGAUUUGGCUUUGAAUAACAUCAACGAACUGUUCUUUAAUCAUCACAGCAUCAAACUGAAGAAAAUCCAAGCAAGAGAAGAUGCUGCGAAACGCUCUCAACGCAGACGCGCUGCAGGUAAUUGCAGAGCGUCAUGAUAUCGACGUAACAGAUGACGACCAAAUGGUCACUAAUUCAGUUCACUUUCACUUCAUCCUCGCUUUUCUCGAUAAAGUCGAAUUUAUAAGUUGCACUCAAUUUUGAUGGCUUCGAACUUGAAUUCUCCCUUCGAUUUGGAAAUAUGGGGUCAAGCAGUUGAUUUGGCUUUGAAUGAUAUCAACGAACGGUUCUUGAAUCAUCACAGCAUCAAACUGAAGAAAAUCCAAGCAAGAGGAUGCGCUGCGAGAUGUUCUCGACGCAGACGCGCUGCAGGUGGUUGCAGAGCGUCGCGACGUCGACACAAACGCAUCAAGAACGUCAACACGUUCACAAGUGCAGUUUAUCCGCGCUUCUCCCGAUAUACUCGAAGGGCUGCGAUGAAGAGAAUACUUAAGUGUAUUCUCUCACUUGUUCUUUGGUUUGUAAUUGCGACGGAAGCAACGCCACAAUACUACAAUGUCGGUGUUUUGAUGUCUUCGAUGUUCAAUUCUUCUUUCGAUUUGAAAGGAGUUGGUCCAGCAGUCGACCUGUCUUUGAGUGACAUCAACGAGCGAUUCUUGGAUCAUCACGGCAUCAAACUGAAGAAAGUCCAAGCAAG